GCUUCUUCAAACAACAGCGAGUUAUUCACCUCCGUAGCUUUCGAGCACCUCGGUAUCUUACUAGCCAACAUAGACGAUAAAAUUGCAGAUCUUUAAAUGCUUUCGUUGUAUAUUAGCCACUGUGUUUUAAACACACUUGUCGUAUCUCCUGAAGAGGAGGUCUGCUGGACGGAGAAAGAAGCUCUGGGGCUGAACAUUGUCGUGAAAGAGGAGAAGGAAGAAGAGGAUGUCACAGUAAAACAAGAAACAGAGGUUGAGGCUGUUACAGUGAAAGAAGAAGAGAAAGGAGUUAAAUUGACAGAAGAUGAAGACGCGUUCAGAGUGAAAGAGGAGGAGGAUGUUACAGUAAAAGAAGAGGAGGAAGAGAAAGAGGAGAUGACUGCCACAGUGAAAGAAGAGGAAGACGUUUUUGGAAUGAAGGAAGUGGGGGAGAUUACUGUCACAUUGGAGGAGGAAGAAGAAGAGGAGACAGGAGAUCUGAUUAACAACAGAGAGAGACCAGACUCUCACUCUGACAGACGGAAGAAGAGUCCUUCAGGGGAACCAGACCCAGAGACGCCCAAACCAGGGAGACAACACCACUGCUCCCAGUGUAAUUUGAGUUAUAAGUUUUUAUGGAAACUGAAACAGCAUGAGAGGACACACAUAGGGGAGAAGCCACACCACUGCUCCCAGUGUGGAAAGAGUUUUACCCUGUUAGGGAACCUGAAAAAGCAUAAAGGAAUACACACAGGAGAAAAGCCUUUCCAAUGUUCCCAGUGUGGAAAGAGAUUUUCACGAUCACAGGAACUAAAAUCACAUGAGAUGAAACACACAGGGGAUAAACCACACCACUGCUCCCAUUGUGGAAAGAGUUUUACCCAGUUAGGGACCCUGAACAAACAUAAGAGAAUACACACAGGAGAAAAGCCUUACCACUGCUCCCAGUGUGGAAAGAGUUUUAUACAGUUAGGGAACCUGAACAACCAUAAUAUAAUACACACAGAAGAAAAACCUUUCCAAUGUUUCUACUGUGGAAAGAGAUUUUCAAGAUCACAGGACCUAAAAUCACAUGAGAUGAUACACACGGGGGAGAAGCCACACCACUGCUCCCAUUGUGGAAAGAGUUUUACACAGUUGGGAAGCCUGAACAAACAUAAGAAGAGAAUACACUCUGGAGAGAAAUCUUAACAUACUUUCCCAGUCAGAGGACCUGUAAUCACAUGACAGAAUAGAGAGGCUGUCUUCUGACUUAUGUUUUUGAGGUAGUUUUUAAAUUAAAUGUUGAUAUAAAAAAAAUAUGAUUUGGAUAUUUUAAAAUGACAAUUAUUAAAUAGAUUAGUAGAAUGUGCAUUUCUUGAUUUUAACCUAGAAAUGUUAUGAAUUUAGUUGUGUUUCAUUGAGUUGUUGUGUAUACUAGUCUUCACGCUAAAGGUUUAUGAACAUUUGAUGAUGUUGUUCUGAUAACGUUGACAGUUCUUUGACAUGAAGAACACUCACUUCCUCAUGAAUGUUCCCAUCGGUAUUAUUCCACCAUGUCAGAGAAAAGAAGGUGCUGAUUUGAUGAAUGGAACAUAUUGUUGUCUGAAUAUAAAUAUAAUGUGGAACGGUACUAGUGGACAUUCAUUAUAUACAUCUGUGUAUUGUUACAUUAUACAUUAUAGACCUAGGUGCUUUUUAAAAUUUUAUUAUAUAUGUUUGUUUGACUGAAUGAACCAGAAAUUGCCUAAUGUGCAGAUGUGUAGUAGAUGUUAAGUUUGUUUUCAAAUCUAACUCAUUAAAAAUGUUCACUAAUCAAUCAA